AUGAGUACCAAAACGCAAGCCGACUCCCUUGACUUUCUCAAGUGUCUGCUUCAACAACUGCAGGCUUGUGAAACUGACUUCCCUUCCCCCGAUUAUCUUGAGAGGCCUCAAAUCCAAGCCAUCCAAGUGGAUCUGGCCGACAACCAAACCCUCCAGUUUGAUCCAUUCUUCUUCCAGCCUCACCCAGAAGGAAUACUCCACAAGUAUGAAGCUGUAUACGACAAAGACAAAAGAAUGCCUAGGCUCUCUAUUCCAACACUAGCGCAAGUCUUAGAGGAUAUUCAAGAGGAUUAUCCGAAUAAUAAAGACAUCCUCCGAAUUGGAACACGAGAAGAGAUUCGCGAGGAUGAAGAAAUCCUCCGAAUUGCAACAUCUCAACAUGAACGUUUGAUAGAAUGGUCAAAAUUUGACGAUUGGUAUCACGACGCGCAAGGUGUCUACAAUCAUGUCAACUGGCAGCUUACUACUUUGCGAAAAGGAGGACCAUAUUCUCACCUAGAAGACCUUGUACCCCAAGAGUACUGUUGGUACACUGAUCGUAGAGGAGACCCACCUACCGUCGUCCUUACACCAUACGAUAGGCGAUGGCGCGUGUUGCAUCAUUACCGCUAUAGUCAGGUCGAGGGCCCCAUCAAGCCGCAUUCAGUUAUGGCAUGUAUCGCGCACGCUCGCCCAGAUGUAGGAAAAGGUCCUCUUACUAUAUUUGAGUUACAAGCUAUUGUGGGCAUGAUGAUUUUGCGAGUGUCUCGGAUACCCUUCCGCAAAUUCAGAGUCCAUCCAGUCCUAGCCUUUUGCUAUCUUGGAAAACGGGCGAGAAUCAUCCAAGCUUUCUUCGAUGGCAAGAUACUCAAUUUACAAUAUUCACGCGUAUGGGCCUUUGAGGAUGAAAACACAGCGCCAACAGAAUUGUUCGUUCGGUAUCACCUAAGUCAGCCAGUCGGUCUAGAAAGCUCUACUCUUUAUAUUCGGUAG